CUCCCCGCCCGCGCCCCCAGACCGGACUACACUUCCCGCAAUGCCCCUCGCGUUGGUAUCUUCUCGCGAGAGGCGGCGGAGGCGGAAGUGCCGAGGCGUGCGCCGGAAGUGCCGCUGCCCUGGCGACGAGACCCGCCGAACCGACCAUGGCCGAGACCGACCCCAAGACCGUGCAGGAUCUCACCGCCGUGGUGCAGACAUUGCUCCAGCAAAUGCAGGACAAGUUUCAAACCAUGUCUGACCAAAUAAUUGGAAGAAUUGACGACAUGAGCUGUCGCAUAGAUGACCUGGAGAAGAACAUAGCAGACCUCAUGACACAAGCAGGAGUGGAAGAGUUGGAAGGCGAGAACAAGACCCCGGCUGCUAACAAGAGUUAAAGUUGCCAGUAACUUAAGAUGGAUCCUGGAAGACAACUUCCUAUUUUUUUUUUUCUACCAGCCCUUGGAAUUACAGAACAGCUUUUUGCAACUACUGUGUGUAAAAGCAUUUUUAUAUUGUUACGGAGCUUGCAUUCCUAAUGUAUAUUGUAUAGUUAGGGAUAGGUUAGUUUAUAUUUUGAUUUGUGUACUGUAAUUUCACUUUUUGAAUUCUUGUUACGAGGAUCAAUUAGUCGUGUUAUUAAAACACAGUUCUUAUGGAUCUCAACUACUGGGUGUAUUUUUUUUUUUGUGAAGUCGUUCUUUUCUCUUUCUUAUACUUUUUCUAGACAUUUCAUUUUUGAUAGAUAAACAUCUAGUGACUCCCAUCAAAUGGAAAUCUUAACUUGUCCUACGUAACUUUGUGGUUGAAGCACAAGAUUAAAAUUCAGCAUUAAUCUUAGCUCUAAGCAUCAGUCACUCAGCCACUUGAAGACUACAUGUUGUUUUAUUAUAAAUGUGAUAAGGUGAUUUUGGAAACAUAAGACAGCAUCAAAAUCAUAUCUCAUACUCCUGGUAUUACCUCACCUGUGUGUUCCUAGAACGUGAACCAGAAAUAAAGAUUUAAUGUUAGAGACACCCAUACACAGCUGAGCAAACACUGCCAUUCAAAUCUGUUCUAUUUAGACAGACAAGGAACUGUUAACUAUGAAAAAAUCUCACUGUGCAAUUUGCGUUUUUUAAUACUGUAGAACUCUACUUUGAAAGUGCCAGUGUGUCAUUUAGCAUCACCUUUGAACAAUAAUUGUGGUAAAAUAGUGAUACUGGACUGAAUGGGGAGUGUUUGUCUGUGGUCUUUCAGUUCAAAUGACUGGCUUGUUCUAAGCAGUUUGCUGACGAACCAAUGAUAUACUGAGUAACAAAAAAAGGAGAGAAUCCAGUAAGAAUUGUAAAGCUUUGCUUCUGUUUGAGUAACAACCAGCCAGAACUCUUCAAAGGAUUUGAUUUAGAAAGGUGUUUGUUUUUAUUUUCAUAUCCACGUUUAUGGACCUGGAGUUUAAUGGAUUAUGUUAGAGUAUUUUGGCAAUGAAAAGUGUAUUUAGAGUAUGUACUAUAUGUGAAGAAAAAUGACCGAUGUCGGAUAUUACUGACAAUCAUUGUGAUGCUCCUCCAGCUUGAAAUGUAAAUUUAAGCAAGCGCCUGUGGCAGUCGGCAGUGACGUGAGGACCACGCUUCAGACUGCGCUUUGAACGCCGCCAGAUCAGCACCUGUGCCUUAUAAAGGCAACAUGACAGGUCAUUUUUCAAAAGUGAGGGGAAAUGGUAAGAAAAGCUCAGAAUAAGAGAAAUUUUUGUGAACACAGGAAAUGUAUCGAUAUAUGUUGUAUUACCAGCCUUAGGCUCUUUGUAACGUCAUUUAAAAAAAAAUAAACUAUUACGUGGUAA